AGAUCGUUGUGGCUGUCCCUGCUCUUUCUAGUCUCAAAAUUGAGAUGUGGCGUAUCUUCUCCUCCCUUUUCUCAUCUGCAGUGCCAAAUAAUUGAGUUAAAUGUUGGUGGGGAGAUCUUCACAACCACGUUGAGCACUCUGAAGAGGUACCCAGGAUCCAAAUUGGCUGAGAUGUUCAGUCAGGCUAUACCCCGAACAGAUUCGGCGGGACGAUUCUUCAUAGACCGGCCGGGGACUUAUUUUAAAUACGUCCUUGAGUAUCUGCGUAGUGAUCAGGUCCCCUUACAACAUGUUGAGGAGGUUUAUAAGGAAGCCGCCUACUAUGACAUCAAGGCUCUGAUCAAACAACUGGAAGAGUCUCCUCAGAUCUUUGGUGAGCUGGUGGCCAGGAAGCAGUUCCUGGCUCGGGUGCCCAACUACUCUGAAAGCAUCGAGCUCAUGAUCCGAAUCGCCCGGGCAGAAGCUGUGGCCUCCCGUCAAUCCAGCGUUAUGCUCUGCGUGAUGAAGACUUUGGAAGAUGUGGCGAGGUGUGGCGAUGCUCUCAGCACCUUAGACGUCUCCAAGAAAUCUGUGGUCCAGUUUGGCCCGUGGAAAGCUGCCCCGAACGUUCAGGAUCUCCUGGACUGCAUCAAGAUGGACAUAGAAGCCAAAGGUUACAAGACGUCUUUCCAGAGCUACGUUCCAGAAAAAGGCUUUCGUUUCAAAGCCAAUGACUUCUUCUACAAGUUUUUGUUCCAUUGGUGGUAGCCCAAAGCUCAUAACUCCUAAGAUCUUGAAGCAGGGGUGGGAUUCAAUUUUUUUUUACUACCGGUUCUGUGGGUGGGUGUGGCUGGAUACUGUAAAAUCUC